AUGGCAGGAGCGACCAGUAACGUGCAAUAUGCACAUAUAUCACCAACAGAACACGAUGAAAUUAAUCCUCGUCCACACCAACAUAUGCUAAUAGUAUUAAAAAGACCACGUUCCUUUAAAGCCAGACCAAUAAUUACACAUUCUGAUGGAACCAGACAGACUUUCUGGUAUUCCAGAGUAAAUUCAUAUACAUCACGAACAGGCGAUAUCUCCGCAAUAAUCAAAUAUAUAACUAAGAAGGGGGAAGGGAUACACCAAGGAGAUCCAAAUAAGAAGGAAGAAUUAAAACAAACCUGGAUUAACGCCCUGAACGAUAUGGACUCAUAUCGAGACUAUAAAGAAUUAGAACAGAAUUUAAUGGAGAUAAAUGCAGAAAAAUAUAUCCAACAAGAGGGACGCAUUAAAGCUCGUUGGAUGAGGAAGAAUGCUAGGAGAAUAGACAUGGAACAAUACACGAAAACGGAUCUACUUCCAUGGAGAGAAGAUAUGGAGGAGAUUAAAACAAUCAGAAAGUGGAUAAAAUGUGCCUCAGGAAACAAAUACCGUAUGGGAAAUUUAUUUAUUGUCGGCCCAACAAAGACAGGGAAGACAGAAUUUGCUGUCCAGGAAAUUUUUAUGAAAUAUAACACGUUUAUGUUGCGCGGAGAUUCCCUGUUCGAUACCUAUGACGAUGAACAGCAUUAUAGAUUUAUUUUAUUAGACGAUAUUAACUAUGAUAAAAACACAGUACGUUUAAUUAAAGCCAUUACCUCAACAAUAAAUAAGAAGACUGUGGUAAAUAUAAAAUAUUCAAAAGCAAUCGUAACUGCAAGACCGUGCAUCCAUCUGCUUAAUCAGAAAGAAUACGAAAACGUUGUAAAUUUAAUGCGUGAAAAUGGAGGAUACUCAUGGUGGAGAAGAAACUCUUUAACGGUCUUCUUAGAUAAAAAGAUUUAUAAAGAUCCACAAGAAUCUGAUAAUCCAUCAGAAGAUAUGCAAGAACAAGAGACUAAUUAUGACCCACAAAAAGACCUCGAAGAGAAAUAUACUGCUUUAGAAGAACAGGAUGAAGAUACAACCAUGCAAGAGGAUUAUACACCAGAACAUGUUUCAUUCUAUAGUAGAAUGACAACACUCAUGGCAGACCUAGGCUAUGACGAAGACUUCUUAACAGAAUUUAACGAUAAAAUAAAAGAAAAAAGAAGAAACAAUCGACAAUUAAAGAAAAUGCUGAGAGAGUCUCAACAAGAUAACGAGAGUAUCCAAGAAGAAUGGAACAAUGAUUUAGAAGAAUACCAAUCAGAAAACCCCCUAGGCAUGACGAAAGAAGACUUUAAGGACUUUGAAAGAGAAACUAUGUCUUCAUAUGAAAAGCAAAGAAACAGUUACUUUGAAAAACAUAUGGAUUCUUCAUCUGAUGAUUAUGAUGAAGAUUAUGAUGAAGAUUAUGAAGACGAUGUUAUGAACAAUCCAAUGGAACACAGACCUUUCGGAGGAAAAAAUGAUAACAUGGAUAUCAUCUACGAUUAA